GGCAUGGCCGCCGCCGGGCCCCGGGGCGGAGGACGACGCCAAGGACGACUGGGUCCACCAACUCCCGCCCCUCGACAUGGCCGGCUGGGGGGACCCCCACGCCGCCGCCAUGCACCAGCCGCACCCGACGCCCUCCUCCCAGGACACCACCUUCCUCCGCUGGAUCAUCGGCGGCGGGGACGACGACGACAACGACUCGGGGCCCGCCAUGGACGGCGACCCCCCGGAUCUUGACCUCGACCGCAUCACCAUGCUCCCCCGCCACCACCAACACCACAAUCCGCCGCCGCUGCUCAUGGGGGGCACGGGCCACGGACUCCCGUUCACGCUCGCCGCCGAGGACACCAAGCAGCCCUUCCGCCCUUCGCCGGGCGCUGCCCUGCAUCAGCAGCACCACCACUUCUCGCCGCACACACACGGCGGCGCGUUCCCUUCCUUCGACGCGGCGGAGCCGGCGAAGCGGCACCCGAUGGGCGGCGCGGGGCCGCCCAAGCUGCCCCCUUUCGCCGCCGGCCAGGGCGCUGCGGCCGCCCUCAAGCCCAAGGCGGAGGCGGCCAGCGACGACGGCGCGGCCGCGGCGGCGAUGGACCACCUCACCGAGGCGGCCAGGCUCGUCGAGGCCGGCGACGCCUUCGGCGCGCGCGAGAUAUUGGCACGGCUCAAUCACCGGCUCCCCGCCGCCCCCGCGGCCGGGACGCCGCUGCUCCGCUCCGCCUUUUACUUCAAGGAGGCUCUGAGCGUUGCCCUCGACGCCACCGGCGCCCACGCCUCCUCGGCGUCCGUGGCGUCCACCCCCGUCGACGUCCUCCUCAAGCUCGGCGCCUACAAGGCCUUCUCCGAGCUCUCCCCGGUGCUCCAGUUCGCGCACUUCACCUGCGUCCAGGCCGUGCUCGACGAGCUCGGCGGCGCCGGCUGCAUCCACGUGCUCGACUUCGACAUCGGCGUCGGCGAGCAGUGGGCGUCGCUGAUGCAGGAGCUGGCGCAGCGCCGCCCCGGCGCCGCGCUCAAGGUCACCGCAUUGGUGCUGCCGUCGACGCACCACCCUCUCGAGCUGCAGCUCAUCCACGAGAACCUCGCCAACUUCGCCGCAGAGCUCGGGGUGCCCUUCCAGUUCGUGGUGUUUAACCUCGACUCCGUCGACCCCACGGAGCUCCUCGCCAUUGCUGGCGGCGACGCAAUCGCCGUCCACCUUCCCGUCGGCUCAGUACACGCCGCCGCGGUGCCAUCGGUCCUUCACCUGGUGAGGCGGCUCGGUGCCAAGCUUGUCAUCUCGGUGGACCGCAGUGGUGACCACGGCGAGCUGCCGUUCGCGGCGCACUUGAUCCAGGCAUUCAAGUCCUGCGUGUUCCUGCUCGAGUCACUGGACGCCGUGGGCACUGACUCGGACGUGGCCAGCAAGAUUGAGCGCUUCCUGAUCCAGCCAAAGGUGGAGAGCUGCGUGGUCAGGAGGCACCGUGCCGCCACCGCCGGCGACAAGCUGCUGCCAUGGCGGACAAUGUUCACCUCGGCCGGGUUCGUGCCGGUGCAGGUAAGCAACUUCGCCGAGGCGCAGGCCGAUUCGCUCCUGAAGAAGGUGCCGGUGAGGGGUUUCCGAGUGGAGAGGCGCGCCGGCUCGCUGGUCCUGCAUUGGCAGCGCGCCGAGCUGGUGUCGGUGUCGGCGUGGAGAUGCUGAAGCUGCCAUGAAGAUGAACACAUGCCGGUAGGUUAGUUAGGACUGAUGAUCCUAACAAUAUUUCUGCUGCGACGAUCAAAUUACUCGUUAAGCAUUUCGCCGCCACCUUGAUGGAUGCUCUGCUGAUCAUGUCACUUGUUUUGAGUAGAUUUUGUUUGGCAGGCUGCAAGGUCUGGUACAGUAUCAAUGUAUUUUAGUACCCAAUCAAAUGUUACUAUUUUCAUGUGAAAUCAAAAUAUGGUUAUGGUGUUUGAAA